UACCAUAGAAGAAGUAGUAAAUGAAAGUAAGCGUUGACCAAGACAUUUUUACGUUAGAGUUUUUGUUGUUAUUUAUAUAUUUAUUAACACCAUGCAAUUCAGCAUAUGACAAAUUGAAAUGCACAGCAUCACAUACUUACCCCAGGUAGUCGUUAAUUCGCGUUGGAGACGGGGCUUGGUUGAUAGAUGAUAUCUAACUAGGUGGUAACGUUAACCUAACAAUGGCCAAUUGUGUGGUUUUUCACACUCAAAUAGCCUCCGUCAUGGAGGUGCUGGCGAAUGCAGCCGUGGCAGAGAUCUGUAAACUCGUAGACGACGACUAUGCAGUGUUUCGUCUGGAAAUAACUCAAAGACAAAAAGAAAACAGGGCAUUGCGCAGGAAACUACAGCUCCUGGAACUAAAGUUGGCACGGGAGCGCGUCCUCGCCAUUCGUCCCAGUAGUGUCAAGAUCCUCGAGCGAUACAGAGGAAUGGCAAGAGGUGAAGGACAUCUCACUGGAGGCCACAGGAGCUUUGUGAAGCCAGUGGGACACAAUACAUGGAGUGAUGACCAACCAAUCACUGUUGAUGAGGGGAAUGGAACCUCAACCCAGCAUGUUAUCAUGAUAGAGUCUGCAGAGGCUGCAGGUCCUGGGGUCAAGCAGGAGAGGACUAAAGGAGAGGAGCCACAGCACAGCGGAGACAUCCAGCCUGGAGCGCCCCCUGUAGCCGCAGAGGACCCCACCUCCGCCCCAGCGCCAUCCAGGACCCGACCCAGCAUCACGGAGGUCAGUGGAAUGCCGAACGCCGUCCUCAAGUCAGAGACAGACACAUUAACUGCAACACACAGGCUCUUACACACAGGAUCAGACCCAGAGAGACUUUGGCUGGAGCCAUUGGGCUGUCCUUCUCCCGGUUCAGAGUACUUACCAGUAUUUCACCAGAGCAAGAGGAUGGUUCAUUCCUGUGGAGACGGUGACACAUUAGACACUGGUGUUGAUGUUCCGUCUUGUUCUUACGCUACAGAGAUGGACCCUGGCAACAUAUCCUUGGGUUUAGAGACACAGAAUGAUCAGUCUAGAGGGGACUGGAACCAGAACAGUAGUAGUGUAUACUCUGAAGGAUCCCUAGAUAAGAAAGGGGAGGUUAUAGUCAUAGAUGAAUUGAAAGUGGAGGGCGAGUCUCCUCUGACCUUGAAUGCAGACGAGACUCACUUAGGGGAAGGACACUCACAAGGCAGAGAUUUCUUAGAUUACAGGGAAAGCUUAGAGACAAAUCCAAAUGUCGCGACCCACUCUCCUUUACACACACUCAGGGAUCGCGACCCAGUGUCCACGUUGAUGAGGCCUUCCGAUUCACAGGGCUGCGUCCUUUUUGAUCAGGUAUUGAACUCAAAGGACCAAAGGGCCAAGGGAAGGGGGAGCAACAUUAGGCAAUAGUAAAGAUAAACGGUUCCUCUGCAUGUUCUUUAACAAAGGCUUCAGCUGCCUCCAGAAGGUGGAGAUCCACCAGAGGGUCCAAACAGGGGUGAAACCCUUCAGCUGUACCCAGUGUCACAUGCGUUUCUCUGAGGCUGGCAAUCUGAAAAGGCACCAGAGGGUCCACACAGGGGAGAAACCCUUCAGCUGUACCCAGUGUCAUAUGCGCUUCUCCCACUCGUCCAGCAUGAAGAGGCACCGGAGGGUCCACACAGGGGAGAAAUAUUAAAGCUGCCCCGAGUGUAAGAAAAGGUUUUCCCAUCAGAACUACCUGAAGAUGCACCUUCAGGUCCACACGGGGGAAAGGCUGUUCACCUCUACGCAAUGUGGGAAGUGAGAGGAGCUACCUCAGGAUACACCAGCAGAAAAAACAUUUACUAAAUAACUUCUGACAUUAAGAUCAAACCCUGCAUUAAAGACAAAGAUACAUUUUCAGUAUUGUCAGCAGAAAAGAUCCACAGAUGCAUUUGGAAUGACGAGAGUGUCAGAUUUCAGUGUUGAAUAUUCUUGGGUAGAAUAUUGCAUCCAGACAUUGUGUGAUAUAAGGCAUAUUUCAGCCUAAAAAGUCUGUUACAUAUUGUGUAGGCUAUAUGAUGUAUAUUACUUCCAUUCAACUACUUCAUUUUUUUCCCAAGACAAUUUUAAUGAGAACAUGAUUGCAGUUUAAAGUUUGACUGUUCCCGACAACAAAAAAAAAAAAGUUAGUCGACCGAGAGUCGUCUGUUCUUUCGACAAUCGAUUGGUAGACAUUUUUUACGUGUAUUUUUCCAUACAUAGUGUUUUAAUAAAAUCAAUUGUAUGCACUGAGAUUGUGUGAUGCUUUUGGCCUUGUUUUUUGGCUUGCUCCUCAAGAAAUGCUGAUGGCCAUGACAGAAGCCAAACGUGAGUUGGCUUGGGGGUGUGGUUUGAUGCAGGUGUUUGUCCUUGCCACCACCAAAACACUCAUCUGUCAGAACCUUGCCCACAGCUGUUUCCCCCCACUCAGUCACACCAAACAAACCUCUUGCAAGUUGAGCUCAAUAACUACAGGCUUUGAAUAGAUCAGCAGCCUGAAGAGUAAUACGAGAUGAAUGUAAUUGCUAAAUCUAUGUAGAUAUUCUAAACUAAGUGUUUUGAUAACUUUCAAAUGUAGUCACAGGUCCAUGUAGAAUAAACAACACUUCACAUAAUACCUGAAGCAGUGUUCUGCUGAUAUAACAAUUUGAACCUUUCAUCUUUUGUUGUUCCCAGCCGAUACAAAUACUGUGCCUAUCUGCAUUUUGUCUGGUGGUAUUGGGGAUACCUUAGCAAACAUGUCCAAGUUGCCAUACAUUUCUGUGUGGUGUCCAAUUCACAACAGGAGUUCCCUGAUCCUGGUGCAGAAUACACAGGGUUUCUCCCUCCACAUCUUGUCUGAUACCAUUUA